AUGUACAAGUUCGUCGCCUUGUUCGCUCUGUUGGCCUGCGCUGUAGCCGCACCAGCACCAGCUCCGGCACCAGCACCAAAACCAGGAUUCCUGGCCGCACCGGUUGCUCUUCACGCAGCGCCUGUCGUCCCGGCGGCGCCUUUGGCGGUAGCGCACAGCGUACCCGUCGCCACCAGCUACGCAAAUACCUACAAAGUCAGCGUAAAGAGCCCCCUGAUCGCCGCGGCCCCCUACAUUCACGCUGCACCCGUCGGCGUCGCUCCAGUGGCCACCGCCGCCUUGGUGAAGACUGCCCCCGUCGUCGCCGCUGCUCCAGCAGCAGCGGUCUACGCUCACGGACCCAUCGUCGCUGGAUACGCAACAUACUGA